CAGCAGGAAUCAGUCACCCUGUAUAACUGUUGCCGAAGCGUUGCAUACUUCCUCACCAGGCCAGCUGCUCCAAAAAGAUGAAGGUUGUUUUCUUGAUCCUGCUCCAGGCAGCUGGGCUGCUUUUCGCAAAUGGCUCUGGCCUGAUGGAUGAUGGGAUCAAAAGUGUCCAAGAAGAAAAAGAGAGUGAGGCUUGCCCCAUCACGGUCAAAACCGGUGGGAAAUGUGGUGGAAGAGAGCAAUGCCCAUACCAGGUAACCUUGCCACAAAUGACCAUCCAGCUACCUUGGCAAUUUCAGCAGAUUGAGAAAACAAUAAAAGAAGUGGAGAGCCUUAAGGAAGUGGUAAACAACUUGAAAAAGACCUGCCCAGAUUGCAAGCUGCAAGCUGAUGACAACCAAGAAGCAGACAGCGAGUUCCUGCCACUUGAAACAGACACCAUAUUGGACUACAGCAAAUCACAAGAGAAAAGAGUGAAAGAACUGCAAAGCAAGGUAUCCAGGCUAUCAGCUGGCUUGAAAGAUGCAAAGACCAAAAUUCACUUGUUACAAGGUCAGCUGGAGCAAAUGAACCUCAUCAAUAUGGAUAAUGUGGAAAACUACGUUGACGGCAAAAUAGCCAACCUUACAUUUGUUGUGAACAGUUUGGAUCACAAAUGUUCUUCUAACUGCCCAGCCGAACAGUCGAAUGCAGCUAUACAACUUCUGUCAAGAGACUGCUCUGAUUAUUUUGCCUUGGGCAAAAGGCACAACGGAAUCUAUACAAUUGCUCCUGAUCCCAGAAAUGACAGCUUUGAAGUUUACUGUGACAUGGAAUCUAUGGGAGGUGGUUGGACAGUGAUCCAGAUUCGUCAAGAUGGCAGCACAAACUUCAACAGAACGUGGAGUGAAUACAAGAAUGGCUUUGGAAACCUCAGCAGAGAAUUCUGGUUGGGGAAUGACAAAAUUCACCUCCUGACUAAAAGCAAGGAAAUGCAACUGAGGAUUGAACUUGAGGAUUUCAACGGAGUCAGAAAAUAUUCAAAAUACGAACAGUUCUAUGUGGCCAAUGAAUUUCUCAAAUACCGCCUGAGCAUCGGCGGCUACACGGGCACAGCAGGGGAUGCUCUCCACUUCAGCAAACAUUAUAACCAUGAUCAAAAGUUCUUCACCACCCCAGACCGAGAUAACGACAGGUAUUCAUCAGGAAACUGUGGGGCAUAUUACAGCUCUGGCUGGUGGUUUGAUGCCUGCAUGGCUGCCAACCUCAAUGGCAAAUAUUAUCACCAAAAAUAUAGAGGAGUUCGAGAUGGGAUUUUCUGGGGCACAUGGCCUGGGCUUUCAGAUGAUAUCCCAAGUGGUUAUCGACAACCUUUUAAAAAGGUUAAAAUUAUGAUCAGACCUAAGGUAUUUAUGUCAUAAAUCACACUGAAUUAUGAGAAACAAAAAAAGAUAUUUUUCUCUUUCAAUUUUGAAAUAUCUCUGCGUAGACAAAUGUAUUAUAAUUCUUCCAAAAGAACACUGCCAUGUUUUUAAAAAUUGUUUUGAAUGUUCAGGCAACCAUUUACAAUUUCUGUAGCAAGGGGGGCGGGAAAGGUUUCAUUUUAAUUCAUGCUUUGAAUUUAAGUGCAUUUUGUAACAGAGAUUUAAAAAAA